UUACCCUUGUUUCUCUACUCUCUUUACCCACUUUAUUUUCUGUAACAUAGCAUUCGCCUGAAACCAACAAAGGGGGAAAACGCCCGACCAGCACUGGCAACAACAGUUUCAUGACUCCGUUUCAGAUUGCGGUUAACCCUUCUGAUGAAGAAUAACCCUGGGGAACUGAGAGAUCCUGUUGUCUGGAUUUAGCUCUUUUUGUCCUCUGGUUAGAUUCAGGAGAUGAUUUGGUUGUUAGAUAUAUGAAGACCUAAAUCAUGUGGACUGUUAGCUUUCUGAGAGCAAUGAUCCUGUCAUUCCACCCUGUGUCACUGUUCCUUGGUACAUGCUUGCCAAAAAAUGGAGGUGUCCAAGUUGGAGAAUUAUUACCUUGCAAGAUUUGUGGAAGAACCUUUUUUCCAGUGGCAUUAAAAAAACAUGGACCCAUUUGCCAGAAAACUGCCACUAAAAAACGGAAGACUUUUGAUUCAAGCAGACAAAGAGCUGAAGGAACUGAUAUUCCAACAGUAAAACCCCUUAAACCUAGGCCUGAACCACCAAAGAAACCAUCUAAUUGGAGAAGAAAACAUGAGGAAUUCAUUGCCACCAUCAGAGCCGCUAAAGGCCUGGAUCAGGCCCUGAAAGAGGGGGGCAAGCUCCCUCCUCCGCCUCCACCUUCUUAUGACCCUGAUUAUAUUCAGUGCCCAUAUUGCCAGAGGAGAUUUAAUGAAAAUGCGGCUGAUAGACACAUAAAUUUCUGUAAAGAACAGGCAGCACGGAUUAGUAAUAAAGGCAAAUUUCCCACUGAUGCCAAAGGCAAAGCGACUUCUCGGACACAGUAUAAGCCACCUGCUCUUAAAAAGUCAAAUAUUCCUGGGACCGUGUCAUCAGGAUCUUCACGAUUACCACAGCCAAGUGGCACCAGCAAGACUGUUGUAGGUGUGCCUUCAGGUAAAGUGUCUUCAGUUAACAGCUCUUUGGGAAACAAACUUCAGACCUUAUCUCCCUCACACAAAGGGAUAGCAGCCCCUCAUAUAGGUAAGAUGGACAAGUUAGGCCCUCCACUUCGAACUGGAAGACAUGUGCAAAGGUUGUAUGACAGUGACACAAAAUCAGACAGUGCCAUCAAAAGACAUGAGUUAUUACCCAUUUACAAAGCUAACAUCAAACCUCGAAAUUCCACACCACCUAGUUUGGCACGAAACCCUGCCUCAGGUGUCCUUACAAGCAAAAGAAAAACAUAUGGUGAGAGCUACAUAGCCAGGCCAGAUGGAGACUAUGUAUCUUCACUCAAUGGUGGAAACAUUAGAGGCAUCGAAGGAAAUUCAUCUGGACACUUGCCAAAAUUCUGCCAUGAGUGUGGGACUAAAUACCCUGUGGAAUGGGCCAAGUUCUGCUGUGAAUGUGGCAUUCGAAGGAUGGUUCUGUGAACAAAAUCACCAAUGAAAAGGAGCGAAGUCCAGAGUUUGAUAACUGUUGCUGCUUCCAGCUAGAGCACUUCCUCUAGUUAUUUUGUGCUAAAAUCGUUACACUUUUUUCAGCAAUUUUUGGAGUAUACCCCUUAGCUAUAUAAUGUGUGUGCGUGCGUGUGUGUAUAUAUGUGUACAUAUACUGUAUAUAAUAAAUACCUGAUACCCCAACUGUGCCAUUCAAGGAAACACUUAUCUGUCAGAAAAUAAUUUCAAGUGGAAUCAUUAACUUAGGUAUUUCUCUUCUGUUGUUUUUAAAACACGUUAAGUUUACUAUAAACCCCCAAACACUAGUGCUUUAGGAUGAUCAUUACUAUAAGCAAAAAAUCAGAAUAAACAUUUUAUUUUUGGUGCCUAUUUUCACAUAGUACCUAUGUUAAUUGGAUGAGACGCUUGGAAUUUUGGAAUUGAAGAGAAUAUUUUUAGUUACAGUUAGUUAUGUGAGGUCAUUUUGCUGUAGUGCUCUUAAACAAUUUUGUAAAUAUUUUUAAAAAGAAAAAAAACCCCCUAAGUUCUGUGUUACCCUUUCUUUACUCGCUGUAUGAUUAAUGGUAUAAUUUAAAUAUUCUUUCUCAUUCUCUGAAAAUGUAAUUAUGCAAUUUCCUUUCCAGAGACACAAGGCUGAAAAUACAAAUGUAUCUUAUUCUAGUUAUAACUGAAUUUUUACCUCUGUGUAUUAGUUGAAAGUAUAUUCUUUUUACUUCCAACUGCAUCUUCAAAUUUUACUUAUUUCUUUUCCAUAACCUCAUGUCUAAAGAGUAGUAUUAAUUUACUACUUCAUUUUUGCAAAGUUUGAAAAUGUAAUUAAUAUAAGAUGCAAAUAUUUUCUUCAAAAAUCUCAUGUUUAUUUCUAUGCAUUGGAAUGUAGAAUAAAUUACUUUAAUGGAUUUUGAAACAAAACACCUCACCAAGUAAAUAAUAAUUUUGCUAAUAAUUAUCAGUGGAGGGCAUGCAGGUAAAAGUAUUCAAAUUUUAGUCCCUUGAAGUAUAGUUAGAUGUAGUUAUGAGUAGGUUAAGAGAAUAUCUAAUUUUUCCUACUCAUAUUUCCUUUUUAGUUUUUCAUAUUGAAACACCAUUCACAUCGCAAUAAAAAGCCACUGAAAAUGCGUUGCUUUAAUGAACACCUGACAUGUAAUUAAACAUUCACAAAAGUUUUGUUAUACUCCUUAACUUUGGCUAAAAUACAGCAUUUAAUCAUUGUCACACUCCGUGUACCAUAGUAUUUAGUAGUAAUCUCUGCUUGUGUAGCCAAGUUUAGUGACUCAGUAGUAAUUUCUGUUAAACCCAACAACUUUGAUUGUAUUAUAAAGAUUCACAAAAAUUUAGUUAUACUCCUUAACCUUGGCUAAAAUACAGCAUUUAAUCAUUGUCACACUCCGUGUACCAUAGUAGCAAAUCUUUCAUAGCCAAUUUCUAGCUUCUUGCUUAAGAUUCUGUUCAAUAUAAGGGUCAAUGUAGAAAUUUGGCUUAGAAUUUUCUUUGAAAAUCAUUUAUGCUUGUACUUUAUGAUUUUAUUCUUUGAUUUUCUUUUUUCCCAUUCAGGCAGGGGAUAUAAACUUAAUGUGUUGGGAAUUGUCAUUUUACUUACAUUAGAGUUUCAAUCCUGACUUUUAUUAAUUUAUUUCUGGUUGACUUUAUUCAGUCAUAUUGGUCAAAAAAGAAAGAGUCCACCAACUAGAAUAAGCGGUAAUAAAUUUAGGAGAGUAAUGCACAAUUAGAUUUCCAUCUCAAUAAUUUAUGGUCCUCUGUCCUAAUUGUUAUAAAUUCUUUGAAGAACUUUAACUCUUGUUUUAUCUAGAACUGAGCUCUAUUGUCAUUCCAGUAUUUUUUGUUGAAUUUAUUGGGGUGACAUUGGUUAAUAAAAUCAUGUAGGUUUCAGGUGUA